AACUAAAAUGUCAUGCACCUAAAACAUUACGUGCGAAAUCUUUAUGCACUAAAGGCUAUAUAUGAAUGUGUAAAGCAUGUACACAUAUUUUUAUGAAAAAAAAUCUACUACCUGCUAUACUUGCAUCAUAGACAAAAACACAAUUUUAAACAUACUUUAGCCGAUCUACAAUGUUUAUUAUUCAGUGCAUUGGAGCAUUUGUAGCAAUCCUGUUCUUCUUAUUUGUCCAUAGUUGGAGACGCAACAGAAAUGCAAUCGUCCCAAAUUGGCCAAUACUUGGAAUGCUACCAUCGACUCUGCAUAAUAUUUCCAAUUACUAUGAUUAUAUAACCUUAGUUUUGAAACAUCAUGGUGGCACUUUUAGGUUUGAAGGAUCCUGGUUCACAAACUCCACUGGUAUCCUUACCAGCGAUCCAAUGAAUGUACACCACAUCGUAAGCAAGAAUUUUGGAAACUACGAAAAAGGGUCUAAUUUCAAAGAAACUUUUGAAACUUUUGGAGCUGGACCUUUAAAUUCUGAUUCCGAUGAAUGGAAAAAGGAGAGGACGAUGCUUCACUCAUUCUUCAAAAGGAAAAACUUUGAAAACUUUCUCAAACAAACAAUUCAGAAGAAACUUGAGAAUUUCCUACUACCAUUUCUUGAUCAUGCAUCCAUAGUAAAAGCUCACGUGGACUUGCAUGACGCCUUAACAAGGUUCACUUUUGAUAUCACCUGCACUUUCCUAUUUGGAUUCGAUCCAAAUUGCCUUCAAAACAAUUUCAGUCAUGAUCUCGGAGAUAUCACUUAUCAUAAAGCUCUUUCUAUGAUUGAGGAAGCAAUAGUCUACAGGGGCUUCUUUCCAACUUUUGUAUGGAAGCUGCAGAAAUGGCUCCAAAUUGGUCAAGAGAAGAAACUCAAAGUAGCUCAAGAAAGUCUUGACAAAUUCUUGCAUGAAUGCAUACUAUCCAAACUUGAAGAGCAAAACAGAUUCAGCAGCACUAGAGAAGUGGAAGAUUCCGACUGUGACUUGAUAAAAGAGAUACUGAAAGGAACGGGAAAAGGGAAAACGAGUGAGAAGUAUCUUAGAGACACUGCAGUCAAUCUAUUGUUAGCGGGAAACGGCACAGUUAGUUCAGGUCUCAGUUGGUUCUUUUGGCUUGUUUCAUGUCAUCCUGUUGUGGAAGCCAAGAUUAUUCAAGAGAUGAAAGAUAAUUGUCUAUCUGAUGAUGAAAACUUGAUUACUUCAAUUGUGGAAAAGCUUGAUAAACUAAUUUACCUCCACGGAGCUAUAUGUGAAGCCUUAAGGCUUUAUCCUCCUGUACCUAUCGAGCAAAAGUUUGCAAUCAAAGCUGAUAUACUUCCUAGUGGAGUCCAUGUAAGUCCAAAUACAAGGAUAUUAUACUAUUUGUAUUCAAUGGGAAGGAUGGAGAAAAUAUGGGGAGAAGACUGCAUGGAAUUUAAGCCUGAGAGAUGGAUAUCAAAAAGCGGACAAAUUAUACAUGUACCGUCUUACAAGUUCAUAGCUUUCAAUGCAGGGCCAAGAAGUUGUUUGGGUAAAGAUAUCACCUUCGUUGAAAUGAAGAUGGCUGCCGCGGCUAUACUAUGGAAGUUUUGCAUACAUUUAGUGGAUGGUCAUCCUGUAACUCCAAGGCUUUCUAUUACCCUCGGAAUGAAACAUGGCUUGAAGGUCAUAGUCACUAAAAGAUGCAUUUGAUAUAUGUUGUGUUUCCUUUAGCCUAUUUCUGAUUAGUUGUCAUCAUUAAAUAUUGUUAUAUAUGGUCCAAUUAACACACCCUGAUUAUUUUGAAUUGUUAAUGUUUUUAUUAUGUUUUUGUGACCUAUAACUAUAUUAUGAGGUGCCAAUUAUAAGCAUCACUUUCAUGUGUUGAUUAUAAUCUAAUUAAUUGUGUUAGCAAAAAGGAUGCUUCUCCCCAAUAUCUACAAAGUUCAUUAACUGUCAUGUAUUCACUAGGCUUCAUGACUAUUGUUAUGUAAAUAAUGGAAUGCAUGUCUAUGUAAAAGUUUUUCAA